AUGCCGGGUAAUUUUGUAAAGUGUUUGAAUGUCAGCACAAUAAACUUAAACGUGAUGUAAUGUUUUUUUUCCCCCCUCAUCUUUCAAAACCUUACAAAAGCUUUCUGAUGACUCACAUUGUGCACACAGCAGCAUCAUGUUGCCUGGAGCAAACAAGCACAGUCCUAACAGUCAACAGACCAGGCAACACAAUCCCAUCCUCUGUUCCAUUCAGCUGCUGAAGAGCCCACACAGUUCUUUCCCUGCUUUCCCCGCUAGCUCAGUUGAAUUGGAGCAGUCCGUACCAUCAUUUGGUCCUCCCGAUCUAUAACACAUUUCUGAUGCCUUUUCACGAAGGGUGUCUUAAAUGAAAAUUAUGUUUGGACAUCAUCUUGGAUGCUGCAUAUACCUUGGUUUCAUUUAUAAAGAUAUUGAGGAAAAACUUGGAAUCCAAGAAGAUGGCUGCAUUGUUCCGGGACUUGGAUUGUGCUACAACUCCUCCACAGACACCACCUCUACACUUCAGUUCUGAGUUCAGGCAUACCAGCCUCAUGAGUUCCUAUGGUUGUUCACCCAUGCAAGAAAGCUUAGAUUGGCCUUCAAAUGAGCAAGUGGAGUUCACAAGAUUAAACCCCUCCAGAACUAAAGACAAUACAGAAGGAGAAUGGCAUAUGGUAACAGCCACUCGCUCAUUGCUUGGCAGGGAAAGAAGAGGCCAGAGGGAGGGUCUGCAGGACCAGCAGAAAGUGUCUUACAACAGCUUGCCAAGAGCACAUUUUCUCCAGCCAAAUAGAGAAUCAAGUGCUUUUUCACCCUACGCUAAUGACUUGUGGUUGAAUGGUAAAGAUGCCAAGAACAUUGCUGAGUCCCCCAGGAGCAGUCGUAAGCAGCACCCGCUGACACAGCCGGGCUUCUACAGUCCAAAAAUCCAACGAUCAAAGCACUGGGAAGCUGCACAGUCCACAAAAAAGUCUUCUUCCACAAACAACUUGAAGGAGUUCUGCUCUCUCACAUUGCCUCUUCCGUGCUCUAGAACUGCUGUUCUCAAACCCAGCCCUUUGUGUUCCAAACCGCAAGAGGUUAAAACUUCCAUGGUGAAAAAACCUCCUUUGAUGAGAGCUGUAGUUUCUCAAUCUUCACCAACCUCCAAUCAACAUGGCAAGGAGCACUUCAGCCAACUCCAGCUAAGAGAGGACCAUCUCAUCAAGAACCAGGACUACAGUUUGUUCAAUCUGCAGGAACCCAAUAUAAAACCUCCAAGAAAUGACCAACUUCCAUGGAGGCAGAGACAGAACUCAUUCACUGAGGAUACUUCUACCCGGGAUUAUAUUUCUAUUAACACACUGCAUCUCUUCCCUGAACAACAGUCUAGAGCAGACCAGCCUGCAACGUUUUGUCCAAAACUGGAAAAGGCAAGUCAUGAGGGUGUUGACACUGGCAUUAAACCAUCUCAAGGUGACUCUGACCGGUCCUGUCAACUACAAGUCAGCCAGACCCAACCAGACUGCAGCCCAAAACAGAAGAAGAUACAGUACACACUUCAUAGAGAAACCGGUGGUGUCAGAAAUGGCGACCACAACCAUAUAAAAAGUCAGGUGGAUGUGAACUCAAAAAAUGUGUUUGGUCAGCCUCGAGUGAUCGCAUCACUGCGAGCAGCAUGUUCCCCGCGGCCCGUUCGCAAGAGCACAAUGGUGGAGGACUUGAAAAAACUCAUUGUGAUGGAUGACACAGAGGACAGCGCUCAGGGUGAUUCAUCAUCACCCCAACAAAAAGAGGCGGGGCUUUGCAGCAGUUUGCAAAUGUCAGGUCCGUCGUUAUUUAGUCCUGCUCAGCAAUCGUACCCAGAGACUCCUACAAUCACACCCGUCCAUCUCCACCUGCAAACACUUCAAACAGGCAAGAAAUGUGGGGAAUUGCCUGAGCAGGCUGAAUCUGACGUAUGGGACAGAGACCAACAUCCUGAUCCUGAACUCAUGCCCCUGCCAAGCAUGGCCUAUGAUCUUGACUGGAAUAGUCUAGUUCAAGCAGCUCAAGAGUAUGAGACACAAAGGAUGGCAACCUUUUUGUCAGAAGUGAGUCCUGUACCAAGCAGGCCAGACACACCAUCCCAUGGAAGCUACAAGAUCCACCAUUCCAGUGCUUAUUGCAGUGGAGAAGAUAUGGACAGUGACGUAUUCAUUGACUUUCCCGACCAACUCUCUCACCUGGAAGGGAUGCUUAGGCGACUGAGUAGUGAUCUUCUAAAGGAGAAGAGAGACAAGGUGGCUCUUCUGGCAGAAGUGUUGAAGCUACGUAUUAGCAACCAGCAUCUGAGAGAAGAGUCCUUCUGUGCAGUUGCACAACUACACAAAAUCAGCAACAUUUUAAAUACAACACCUGGAGGGGAGGAGUAAUGCAGGGUUGGAAGCAAAGACUACAAAUCUGCAUAGAGGCAGACUUUUUUUUCUUCCUGAUUUGGGAGGUAAAAUCUGCAGAAUGCAUUUAAAAUGUAUUAAAUGGAACCAGUGGUAACUGAAAGUUUUAUGAAUGUAAAUGUAAGACUUUUUAAGACCUUUUAGUAAAGAAAAUGUAAGGAAUAAAUUGAAGGGAACACAAUAAGUCAAUAUGUUCUCGAAAUGUCAAGGGAGAAAAAAACAAUUAGUUGUAUUAGCAACACUUCUAGAGUUUGAAAAUACAACUUCCAACAGAUAUCCAUUACUUUUUAAUUUAGUACCUUGAAUACCUCUGCUCUCAACCACUAGAAUAUAGACAUAACUUUUACUGUAUCUUCUGAUCACACUGCAAGAAAGUGACGUUCUUCCUCAGGAUUUUUGUCCUUUUUUCCCAGUGCAAUUGUCUGAAUAUUCUUAAAUCAAGAUGCAUUUACUGGAGAUACAAAACGACAAAAUAUGAAGUAUUGUUUUCUGUAAAACUGAUCAAAAUGAAGUGAGUUUUGCUUAAAACAGGAACAAAUAUCUACCAAUGGGCUCAGAAAAAUCAACUUAAUUCAAAGGGAAACUCAUUGUCAGAUAUUUGUUCUUGUUUUAAGCAUAAACUCACUUCAUUUGCAUCUCAAGUAAAUGUAUCAAAGAUGUUUCAAUAUUUGUAUUGGAAAACAGGACAAAAAUACAGAGGAAGAUACACAUUUUUUUUGCAAUGGAUGCAACAUUUAAUGCCAUAACUUUAUGAAAUUUAAGACUUUCUUCUCUGAUUUAAGACCUUUUUAAGGCCUUAAUUUGUGUAAGGGUGAAUGAAGACUUUAUAAGACUUGCAGAAAUCCUGUAACUGAAAGCUUAAUCAAAUCAGCCAGCAGUGUUGGGGGUAACGCAUUACAAGUAACUUGAGUUAGGUAAUCAGAUUACUUUUUCAAGUAACUAGUAAAGUAACACAUUACUUUUAAAUUUACAACAAAAUAUCCGAGUUACUUUUUCAAAUAAUUAACGCAAGUUACUUUGUUUCCCCGUGUAUUGACUGACAGCUCUCCUGUCGCCAUGUUGAGAGAAAUUGAGAGUAAGUGCAGAGGCAUCAUGGGUAAACAUGAUGGUUAUUGUAGUUCUAGACUAAAUGUGAGCAUACAUUUGCUCAUUUAUUUCUUCUCCUGCAUCCUAUUCUUCUGUAAUCCAGAAUGGCAGCACAGCUGAAAGGCUUGUUUUUUUUUUAGCUGCAUCCUCUACUGUACAGGCGUGAAUUUGCAUUAUCUUCAGCCUGAGGCUUUUGGUGUAAAAGGGCCUUUACAUUUCCCAAAAUAGAACUUUUUGUUGUUAUAAAUACAAACAGCCCAGCCCAGAUGAGAAAAAGUAAAGCAAAAGUAACAUAACGCAUUACUUUCCAUAAAAAGUAACUAAGUAACGCACUUAGUUACUUUUUUUAGGGAGUAAUGCAAUAUUGUAGUGCAUUAUUUUUAAAACACUGUUAUCCAGAAUCUUUAAUGAACAAACACAUUAAGGGGCAGAGGAUAUGUACUUUUAAGUGACAGCGUUCCAAUUCUUCUGGCACAGGUUUUAUGGGAGUUUGAAAUCAACAGAAAAGCCAAACAAACUGAACUCAGUCAAGGUUUAAUAACAGCACAGUAUCUACAAACCAGAACAACUUUCAUAAGGUUGGUAACUUUCUUGGGAAACAGUACAGCUCCCCUAAGGCUUCUUAGUGAAUAAUUAGGUUAAGGCUGUAAAAAAAGCUAUAAAACAGCUUAAUAUAAAACAUUAUAAUAAAUAUAUAAAUAUAUAUACAAAGAUAGAUACUUAACAAUUGCCAUCUAUUAUAAAUAAGUAAUAAAAGUCAGGAUAUGUUUUAUCAAACAAUGUAAAGUCACAAUGAAAAAUGCUGAAAACAGUAUAUAAAAACACUGAAAAUGUAAAUAUGCUCUGUGAUGGUUAGAAACAUUAGAACAAUAAAAAUAUACUUAACACAAUAAAUAAGUUAUUUUAAAAUGCCUGAGAUGCAAUUGUGUUUAAUCACAACAGUGAUUAACCUUAAUAAAGCGGUAUUGAACUAUAAAACGCUGUUGUUUGAAGACCAGUAGUCAGUUUGGGUUGCCUUUCUUAGACCUUUCCAGCAUAUAUUCUCAAUAUGGUAGGUAGCUGAAGUGUGAAGACCUUCAUUUGACAGCUUCAUACACUUCUCUAUAGGCCAGUAACAUGUGCAGUGGACUGGGCACAGAGCGUUCUGCCUUGAUUUCUGCCUCGUGUGCUUGAGCGCGCACAUUGCGGUUUUGCUGGCAACUGAAGCUCCAGGCUUUCAGGCUAAAAACGGAUAUAGGUUUAAAUGAAAUUGCAAUGCAACGGAUAAGCCAAUAUGAAGUUUAGAGAAUUCAGAGCCUACCAGUACAAACGUCUCUCCCUCUUGGGUAAGAUGUGCCAUAGAUUGGCUAACUCUUUGGUGACUGUAGUGGACGGGAUGCCAGGAUAGGAUCUGUUCCCAAAUAAUAUCAACAGUGUCUGUCAUUUAAAGGAUUAUAUAUUCAAAUAUAUUUAGAUUGGUUUAAGAGUAGUAUACACACCUGAUAUAUAAUUUUCUGUUCAUUCGGCAGAACAUAAUGAAGCCAUUCACACAUUUCUUCUUUGGGUUUGGCUGCGUUGUAACACGUCCUGCUCUUGAAGUGCGCCUGUGUGUAUAUCCUUUUCUUGCUCUUUUCAGAGGAAUGAGUUGUUCUGGGGUUUCAUCUUCAGAACUUUUGUUCCCUUCCUCACUCUUCAAGUACAGAUAGCUGCCAUUUCCAGGACUCAUGACAGUCUCCUAAUUUGUCAAGAGAAGAUACCAUAAAUAGAGGGCUCACUGUAAAACAGUAUCUCAUUAAAUUAACAUACAAUGGGGUCCAAAAUUCCACUAGUAAAAAUUUUGUAUUUUUCUAAUUCCAAUUUUGUCCUUGUAAAUUAUUUUUUCAGCAUGCUUUGAGUUAAUUUCCUGUACAAAGACAAAUGAUCAGUGUCACAAAGUGCAGAAUCUUUUAAUCUAUUCGUUUUUUCAUCAUGCAUAACGUCCAGAUUUUACACUUUUGAAAAUCCUGUUUUCUGUGUGAAACUGUUUAACCCUCAGAGACCCAAGCAAUGUAUUAUUUUUAUUUUUGUCAACAUUAAACAUGUCUUUAGGAAGCCAUUAGUUAACAUACAGGCAGAAUUUUCAUUGGAAAAACACUGCAGAAUUCCAAUGCUGGGCAUUUAGUGUUGCAAAAUUUCACCACUAUUUUUUUAUACAGUAAGUGAUAAUGUAUUUCAACCAGAUACGGUCAUAAAAUAUAUUCACAUUUUAUUUAUAAUGUAGUAAUUUUAAUACCACUUUACAAUACCAAAAUUUAGGGCAUGUAAGCUUCUUUUGCACACUGUUAUGUGUAGUUUUACCCAUAUAAAGUUAUGUAUUAAUGCUUUACAUUUGCUUAUGCAAAUCUGCUAUGCUGGGUCUCCAAGGGUCUCUUGUCCCAGAUUUUUAUUGUGGUCUCAGACUUUUUUAGACCCCACAGGCAACAAAAGAUAACAGGUUUGGCCUUACUGAGUCAUUUCCAAAACUGCUUUGCAAACUGGGACUUUUUAAGAUGGUAGAUUCUGGGGUGACCCACACGUCCUCGAAUAAUGCUGUUAUGGUAAAAAAAUAUUGUUCAGUCAGCAUUCCAGUCUUGUUUGUAAUUUCACACUGCCGGUAAUGAGCACAUUUGGUUCUAAGCCUAUUUUGCCCAACUGUUUUUGUUCUAUUAUAUUAUAAAUUGUAGAAAGUAUUUUUUUCAUAAAAUAGUAAAGUAAAUAGUAAACAUGUUAGUCUACAGUAGUAUAGUAUAUAAUGUGUGAAAGCCUGUAUGGAUCAUCUUUACUUUGUAGCGCUUCUCGUCCUUCGGGAUGGAGAGAACGGCUCAGACCUUGAGAAGGAGACGUAAGCAGAGAGGGGUUGAGGAUCAGGCUGUCUGUUUCCCGCAGGGGUGGCGAACGCACAGGCAGUAUUGGUGUUUUUGGCAGUGUAUGUCUGAAAGGAAAAUGCUUUUUCCAUGCAGCUGGAAAAGCUCCAAGCAUGGGGUCUUUAAGAAGAAUUCCUGAUCUGAAGAUUUAGUAAAACAUAAAAACAAGUUACGAGCUUGCACACAGGUACAUCUUAAAGGGAUAGUUCACCCAAAAAUGAAAAUUUCUGUCUUCAUAUUUUGAAGAACGUCGGUAACCAAACAGUUGAUGGGCCCCAUUGCCAUAGUAUUUUUUUUUUUUUCAUACUAUGGAAGUCAGUGGGGACCAGCAACUGUUUGGUUUCCAUAUUCUUCAAAAUAUCUUCUUUUGUGUUCAGCAAAAGAGAGAAAUUCAUACAGGUUUGGAACAACUUGAGGGUGAGUAAACGACAGAAUUUUCAUUUUUGGGUGAACUAACUGUUUAAGAUGUCAUUUCUCUGCUAUUCACAAAUAUAAAUUAAAUAUCCAAUAUACAAACCCUGAUGGAGGUGUAUCCAACACCUUUCUCCCUGGGCUUCCAUCUUCACUUCCUGUUUGGUCUUCACAGAUACUACAGGUACAUUCAGUCUCAGUGCUCCCUGAUAACAGAAAAUAUCCUUAGGUAUUCUGUUUAAGCGUGUGGAUUUAACUGAUGUCUAACACCAAAAAAGACAAGAUUUUUUUUUCACCUGUAUUGUAAGAGGAAGUUGUGGAGUUGGAGUCUGUGGAGCUUUGUGAUGGCUCGCUAUCAUCAACAGACCACGACUCUUUGUCCUCUGCAGUUUCUACUUCUGAUGAAUUGCUUUGUCCAUCACUCACCAGCUGGUGUUCUUGCUCCUCAACAGCAUUUAUGAUAAAUCUCUCUGAGUCUUUGCUCUGAGGAUCCCUCUUUUUGUCACUCAAUCGUACUGUUUAUAAAUGUAUACAUACAGUGUAAGUGAAAAUAAAUACCAUUUUGAAUAAUAAAAUAUACUAUUUUUCCCCCC